CGAGUCAGUACAGACCAAAACCUCCCUCUCUCUCUCUCUCUCUCUCUCUCUCUCUCGCUCUCUCUCUCAUUUGCUCUCAGUCAUUCAGUGAAGACUUCCAAAGUUCUGCUCAGCAAUGCGGACCGGACUUCUCCUCCUCGUCGCCUGCUGCCUGUGGGCCGCCGAGGGCCAGACCGGGAGCCAGCGGGGCCGCAGCAUCUGGGACGACCCGGUCACCUUCCUGACCAAGGACAAGGACGCGUGCGCCAUGCACUUGACGGGCCAGGGGGACAUGACGACGCUGCGCGUGGACUGCCAGGGCGCCGAGCGCUCCUACUGGUGUGACUACCGGGGCAAGCCGCAGACGUGCCGCACGUACAACAACAACCCGCGCCACUACUUCACGCAGAUCAUGUGGGACCUGCGCAAGCUGCACCACGCCUGCAGCGGGCCCAUCGUCUUCAAGCCCCAGAUGUGCAAGAAGGCGUCUGACGAGGCGCGCAUGGUGUUCGUCGGAGCGUCCAGCGAUGAUGGCACCGGAACCGCCGCCGCCAGCCCAGAGCGACAAGAGAAGCCCUCUCGGCCCACCCAGAGCCGGCCAGAGGCCACCAGGCCAGAGAGACCCCAGGCGUACCGACCCACCAGACCCCAGCCGGCCAGGCCCACUAAGCCUGACCAAGCCAAAUCUGAGUCCAGGAACAACAACAACAACCUGAGGAAGCCAUCGACCUCCAAGCCAUCGACUCCUUCCCCCACACAAUCAACGUCAAAGAUCCAGGCCAGGAAGAUGGCUCAAGAUUACUGCUGGAGAUCUAUGACAGGCGUGUGUGCCUACGUCAUCGGAUUAUUCCGCAACUAAGAGUUAAGGGUUUAAGUUCAGUAUGAAGAAGACUCGAGGAGGCUGAUUACUGGGACACCUGGCGUCCUCUCUCCCUCAGGAGGGCGGGCUCUGAUCAUGAUUGGUAGGGAUUACCCAGCAUCCAAUCCAACACAAAGCCACUGGUGACACUUUUCUAGAAAACUCCAUCGCAUCCUUCGCUCCCCCCCCCCCAAAGUGUGCCUGUCAUGACUUGUGUCCAGAUCUAAGGUGGUAAUAGAGUAUUAUUUUCAUUUGGGGAAAAGUGAAAUCUUUUGAGAACUUCAUUUUGGGUAACUGUGUGACUGAAAGUGUUCUCUAUAAACCAGAUGCAACUCGGCAGGUGAGGGCAAAUAGAUCUUCCACAUAUCCUCUAAUCCACAAAGCAGUGAUGUCAGCCAUGUGGUGGAGAGGGGUUCAAAUGUUUAGUGAGGUUGGGCUAUAAACCAGUCAUACUCCUUGCAGCAUUGGGAAGAAUGAAGGGAAAUUAUACCAUAACUAUUUAGGUACAGAUGCAUCAUCUGUUUGUUCUGAGAAUGUAAUCAUGGACAAAAAUGUGGUACGAUUGAUAUUUUAAAAGGGGAUAAUUUGCAAGUGCUAUCACUGAGGAGUCAAAUUGAUAGUAUCGAUGUAUACUUGUUAUUACUUGUGUAUGUAAUAAAUAAUUAUGUUCUUAUG